GCUCAGGCAGAGGGGGGGUAGCCGUGGGGCCCCCGUCGCCGAUGCACGUCGAGGCUGCCCCGCGGGACGUCCGCCGCCCCUCUUUACAAAGACGAGGGGGCCAAGGGUGGAAAACGGGCGUCUCCGCUGAUUGGCUUGCCCCGAUUUAACAGGCGAGUCGGUCAAAGUGCCGGUGUCUCCCAAGCUAGGCGCGACCGAUAGCUUUCGCGUCGAAACAUAGGCUUACACGUCAACCGAAAUCCGCGUUUGCUCUUUAAAAAUGAAAACAAUACUGUGCGGUGAGGUGCUGCUGCUCCUCGCCUUACUUUCUUGUGUCACCGGUCCAGUGCCUACAGGAACUUUUCAGACCAAAUGCCUUGAGCGUCACUUUUGGCUCUCUGUCAAGUCCAGCUUCCUCAGCUCAAUGAUCCGCUUUGACUUCGAAGACCAGUAUGGAUACCACUCCCUCUCUGAUCAGGAGGCUGCGCUCUGUGGUUACACCGUCCUAAUCAAUGAUGUUGGUGACCUGGUGUUUCGUGCCUCCUUCCUGUCCUGUCAUGUCCACACCCAGACAGGCACAGACUAUCACCUGACUGUCUGGUUUGUGAAACAAGAGGCUGAUGGGAAGGCAGCACUGUACCCCUUCCAGCUCCACUGCUCUUUCCAGGGGCAGUGGAGCACCAGGGAGAUCAUCUGUGAGGAAAACUACAUGGAGGUGUCUAUCCAGCUACCUAUUCUGGCUGUGAAAUCCAAAAAUGACAAGAAGGGAGUUUAUCGGGCAGACAUGGCUGUGAUGUUCCACAGAGCGAACCAGCCGCCAGAAGAAACCAUGGUGUUGUCCCUGACAGAGGCUGCUGCUCUGCGCUACCACAUUUCAAUGAGUGGCUCACAUCUCACCCUCCGCUGUACCUAUUCCUCCCCUCUGUCGUAUUUCAUGAAGUGUUUGUUUCCCCAGGAGAGUGAUGUGGAUUUAGAGAUUGUCAGUGCAACUAUCCUGUACCGACUCCAGAGCACCUUCCUAGCUGUUGACACCACUGUUUCCUGUGCCCUAAAUGAAGCUACAACAGAUGGGUCUGACAUGCUGUGGGCUGUCCCUUUUAUUCUUUCUCCUCUAGUUCAUGGGCAGUUCAGACACAGAGGCAUAAAGGUUGGAGUUAACGGCCAAGCUCUGAGUGAAUCCGACAUUAGGGAGAGACAAUACAAAAUCGGCCUGCAGGAAGGGCGAGUGGAGGUCAGGAUUCCUACAGGAGCCUAUGGUGGACACAUAAAGAGUGGUGUAGUCAGGGGACAGUACAGCCAGUCCAUGUCUGUGGAUCUGUUCUUCAUGAGUCAGUGGGAAGACGAGCGCUGGCCUCUCACACAGCAUCGCUCCUUCAGGCUCCUUAAGACACCUGUCGUCCCCCAAACCCCUUUCUUGACCAACAACACAGUCCCAUCCGAGGGAUUAUUGUCCGUCACCUUAGGCCCCUUUCCACCCGAUGUCUCCCUCCAAAAGGUGACAAUAGACAGUGGUGGUGAUCUGUUAACCUGGACCCAAAGCCACCAAACACAGAGUGAUACAGACCUUGUGGUGUCCAGGCUCUCCCACAUUAAUGGGAGCUACUCCUACCAGCUCAGUUUCCCGUUGUCACACCCAAAAAUAAUCCCUGAGUAUAUAGGUGCUGGCUAUAAGACGUACAGCCUCACUUUCAUCUUUACUCUUAACAUCGCACCCAAUAGAGAGGUGUUUUACCAUCAGGCUACCCUAGAGCAUAGUGUUGAGUAUACAGCUCCAGGUUCCCCCAAACUGGAGGGGAAGUGCACAGAGAGCAGCCUGCUGGUGCUAGUGCACCAUGGGGCCCAGGCUGGGCUGCAGUGGGAGCUCAUCCUUGGAGCCCGCAGGCUGGACUGGGACCUGGUGGAGAUGGGUGGGUUUGUGGUGGAGGCACAGGAGGACUACUUAACUGUGGAGAUCCCUCUCUACAGCCCUGGGAUGAACUAUGAGGAGCUGACAUUGUGGGGCCUUGUUGCUGAAGUGGAAGUGUCUAUUGUGGAUGCAGAGUCUCUGAAAGUACAGGACAGUCUUGUCCAUAAAUGCACCUUUCCAGCUAGAGAACUAUUAGUAUGUUUGCCAGAAGGAAGGAUGGUGGCAGUGGUCGACACCACCCACACCAUCCCACCCACACACCCCAACCGAACCACUCUAUUGGACCCCAGCUGCGUUCCCAUGGAGGCAGACAGUGCCAGAGCUCUGUUCAACUUCAGCCUUGACUCCUGUGGGACAGUUGUCACUAUUGAGGGAAAUUUCCUGGUUUAUGAAAACCAGAUUAGCUACAAUCAAGAUUUUCUGCCUUUUGAUGAUCCUCUUAUACACAGAGAUUCUCCGUACAGCCUGACAAUCCAGUGUCGCUACCCCGCAAACGACAGUACUACUAUUGCUUUCCAACAUCCUGUGUACUCAUCUGUGGACCUUUCACCCAUGAUGCCAGUCAAACGCACACGCAGGAAAGCUGCAAACACAGGUCAAAGAAAAUGGAAGGUGAAUUUGGAGGGACAACAAAAACAUCAAGUUUCAGUGUGGAUCAGAUGGAAGCAUGUCUCCAUCCUGCUGCUACUCAUACUCUGCACAUUUGUUUCUGCAUACUGGACCUGUCAAUUAAAUAAAUGACCACAAUUUUAUUUUUUUAUUA